AUUCGAUAUUCGUUAACAUCGCCUCACGCCGAUACGACAGAUCAUCGCGCGAUGCGAAUGGUUCCGGAGUGGAGAACACAACCGGGUGCAGUAGAUAAAAUCCUUGCGUCGGCCAGUCAAUAACGAGUCCUCGGAUAGCACCGAUCGCAGCCGUGGCCACAUCGGCCAAGUAGAUUUUGCGCCGCAAACCGAGAAGCUUGCGAGUGUCCCGCGCGAAGAAUAUCGCGCGCUCGUUCGCCGAAUUUUCAAUAUUCAAUCGCGGAAGCUCGACCGUACUUACUUACGAGACACCUUGUACUCAUCGCGAUCCCUCGAAUCGCGCAGCCGGUAUUUAAACAGGCUCUUUCCGAGACCUGGUGAUCUGGAGGUGUUUGAGGGGAAAGAAAGAGGAACAACCGAAAGAGAGACAGUUGUAUCGCUCGGAAUUUUCCGGAGCGAUCCGCAGUAUAUCUGCAAGUUCGCUCGAAUAGCAAACAGAGAGAGAGAGAGAGAGAGAUCGUUCAGUCGCGGAGAUUAGAAGCAUUCACGACUGAUGUUUGAAAAAAUACGAGAUCUCGUGUGAGUGCAUCCGCGGAACAUUAUCGAGAGAAUAAUUCGAACCGGCGAAACAAACAACGGCUGACGAACCGGCGGCGUCUAUUGUGAUACGCAUGACGAUAUUGUACCCGAAAGAAGAAGACUGGGAAUAGAGGGGAGGGAGUGAGAAAGGGAGGAAGAGGAGGAAAGAACAGCCUCGCAUCUAAAACUGGUGGGUCUCUUAUGAACGGUCGCAUUACAACGCGGAAUUGGCAGUUAAUUGCACACUCGACUCGCUCUCGUAUCGUUUGAACGACCCGUAGCAGCGAUCGAUCGAUGAGUGUGGAUGAGAUUUAAGGUAUCUCGUAACGUGUCAGCGAAUUCGUCGUCGAUUAUAUAAACGUUGGAUUGCAUCGCGAGCGUACUGGAAAGAGCCGAGGGCGGGGGAGAAAAUUAACGAUCGAGAGAGAGCGGACGUUCGAAUUAAAAUCGAGCGGAAGCAGUGAUACGAGUGAUGCUUGCGAGAGAUUAAAGACACCGAUAUAUCGAUAUUCUCUUUUGUGCUUGAAUAAAUUAUAUGAUAAAAGUACGGACGUUUGUUGAGAGUUUGUUGAGAGUUAACGCGCGUCACGCGGUGUUAUUAACGGCCGACGUGGUUAAUAAUCGAGUUAAUAAACGCGAGAAGUGAAAGAACUCAUCAUGAACAAUAACACAGCGGACGGGAUUAAUAACCCGAACGUCAGUAUUAACUCAUCGAUGUGUGUGGAAGUCAAGGUGGAACCCGACGCCCGUGAGAAAAAGAGAUGGGAGCGGAAAGGAGUAAUUUAUCAAGUGUUGAUGGGCUUGUGCGCCAAUGCCACGGUAGUGGGACCAGCGAUGGGUUUCGGCUACAGCGCAGUGGCAUUGGGCCCGCUAACCUCGCCAACCAGUGACGUGCAACUUGACGCUGCUCAGGCGAACUGGGUUGCAACCGCGUCGGCAUUGGGUACGCCCGUCGGCUGCCUGCUGUCGAGCGUCACGAUGAGGCGAGGGAGAAGAGUCAGCCUGCUCGUGACGUCGCUGCUCUCGAUGGCGGGUUGGGUGACGAUCUACCUGGCGAAUAAUUACGAGCAGAUCGUGGCGGGCAGAGUGAUCUCCGGUGUGGCCACCGGCAUGGCCUCGGUGCCGACGACGGUGUACGUGGCGGAGAUAGCGGGCCCGAAGUGGCGGGGCACGAUGGUCACAUGGACGAGCAUCUCCAUCGCCCUCGGUGUCCUCAUCGUUUAUGUAUUCGGCUAUAUUUUCAAGGACAACUGGCGAAUGGUGUCCUUAAUGUGCGCAUUAUUCCCGCUGCUGUCGAUCGGCCUUACCUUGCUGGUGAUACCGGAGACUCCGCUGUGGCUGCGGGACCAGAAUCGCCCGGACGAGGCGUUGAACAUCCUGAAGAAGUUCCGCGGCGUGCCGAAGGACGAGGCGGCGCCGGCCGAGCUCCUCUUCGAGCUGAAGCCGCGGCCGCAGAAGAAGAAGCAGAACCUGCUUAAGCACUUGCUCAAGAGGAACGCCAUGAUGCCGUUCAUCAUUAUGCUCGCCUACUUCUUCUUCCAGCAGUUCUCCGGGCUCUUCGUCGUCAUCUACUACGCCGUCGACAUCAUCGUCAGCUCAGGAGUCACGUUGGAUCCUUACCUCGGCGCCGUCCUGAUCGGCUUGACCCGGCUCGUCGGCAGCCUCCUGGUGGCCGGUGUGUCCCGGAAGUACGGCCGGCGAAUACCGUCGAUCGUCUCUGGCAUCGGCAUGGCCGUCUUCAUGGGCGGAUUGUCGACCUACCUCUUCUUGGAGGACAAAGGGUACAUCAUCGAGGACGGCGGAGUGAUCCCAGCGGUGUGCGUGCUCAUGUACAUAUUCGCCAGCACACUCGGCUUCCUGGUGAUCCCCUUCGCUAUGGUGGGCGAGGUGUUCCCCUCCAAGGUCAAGGACAUAUUGUCCGGCUUGACGACCUGCAUAGGCUACAUCUUCAGCUCGGUUUCCAUCAAAACCUACCCGGACAUGUUGGAUGCCAUGGGCAAACACGGUGUGUUCCUCUUCUUCGCGGUGACGUCCUUGGUCGGCGCUGUCUUCGUCACGAUAUGCCUGCCCGAGACGAAGGGCAAGACUCUGCGCGAGAUCGAGGACAUGUUCUCGAAGAAGAAGAACACCUUCGAGCUGCAGCCGACGGAGACCGUGGUCGGUCCGAAGGACACCUCCGUCGGCUUGUUACAUUGAAGAUAUUUACUGCAUUUGGUUAGAAAUCACAGCCAGAAUGAUGUUGAGGGUUCGGAAGAGGAGGAGCUCGGGGUGCAUUUUUCACGCGGAUGGCGCACAACCGACGGAAGAAAUAAGACGGAUAUCGUCGCUUUGUGAUACUUCAACGCGCGGCGAUUCAAGAUAUUCGCAAGGUCGAAAUCAGUGAUGCAAUGGCGCUACAAUAAUCUUCUUCUCAAGUCCUCAAGGUCAGAUCUCUUUUUGCGCGUAUAUUAUUUUAAAACGUGGAAAAAGAGAUUGAACGCGGAGACGUUGGCGUAGCGUUCGCAAAGAGAAGUAAUAUAUGCUGUCAUUUCAAGAAACUGAUUGCCACUUGGAUGAAAGUUCUACUGUCCGAAUGGCAUGCGGCUUUACACGCGACUUUACCUGCCCGGUUUUAAAAGAUCGCGCAAAUAGUGCCAUUUAUUGAUAAUUAUUUUAAUAUGCAAAGUACGUAUGUGAAUUAAGAUUUCCUCUAGUCCGAAAGUUACUUACAAGAGAAAGAGAGAUCCGUAAUCUCAGAAGUGACAUUUUGAGCGGCAUAUAUUUCGUAUUAUUAUUAUUAUUUAAUUUUUAUUAUUUACUGACAUUUCACGAUUUAAUAUAUAUGUAUUUGCUGGUCAAUAAUGCGAGUGUAGCGAGAUUUUCGAGAUAAAUCCCGAUUUUGUAAUAUCAUCAUAUUGCGAAAAAUACUCUGACGUUAUACAGAAGAAGGCAAAUUAAAAUCUCGGCGAUAUCGUUUAUCGUUUUCAAUUUCUGGAUUAAUCGAACUACUUCAAACGAUAUCGGCGCCAAGCAUCGAUAACGCGUAUAAUUAAUAAAGUGCAAAAAUUAUCGUUGAUAAAGUGUUAUAAUAUUGUCAUUGUUAGGAGUGAAAAACAUCGCGUCGAAUAUUUGAAGAACUGCACUCAAGAACGUGCGAUCGCCCUUAUCUGAGUGCUGAAAGCUAUUAGACUGCGUAGUUAAGCAAACAGAAGUUUAUAGUUUGUGUCGGCAACGCGUAUUUCGCGGAUUUAUGCGGAUUUACGCGGAUUAAAUGCGACUUACUUUACGAUAAAACCGAACGAAGUGCGACGAUAGCGAUCGAGAGCCAGCCGAUAACGGCGAAGAUAGCAUUCGCGUUCGCGUGUCAUCGAUAUCUAAUAUUAUCUACACAAGGCUGAAGAGCGCUCUAAUGCUUGCGAUAAUAAAUAUCCGGGACCUGAGUCGUCCUGUAACAGUCCAUCUUGCGAUCAGUCAAUCCCUUUUGUACGAAAUAUUUUUCCGCAGCGAAAUCGAGAGACGACGUCGAGGGCGGGUGUUUUCGAGCGAUAGACUGUAAGACACGAUUGUAUGUGAAUCAAAUCUUGAUUAAUUAAUUUACAAUCUAUACUCAAGGUGUACCGGAGAUGUACUGUGACAUAAAUACAAAUACACGUACGCAUAUAUAUAUAUAUAUAUAUAUAUAU